UUUUACUGAAAAAUACGUAAUGACGUAUACGGAAGCCGAAACGAAAUUCGCGAGUGCUAUAAAUUUAAUCUCAGCCUUUUUUUCCCUUUCUUUCUUUCUUUGUCAUAAAAAGUCCACGUUUAACAGAAGAGACACGUAAUUAGUGCCUUUUCAAAUAUUAGUGUCGCGAAUCAAGUGUUUUUCAUCAUGUCGAAACAGACUCUGGGGAAGACCCUGCUGCGGAAUGUAAUCCGCCACACUGAUGCUCACAACAAGAUCCAGGAAGAGUCAGAGAUGUGGAAGUUGCGGGGCUGGGAGGUCCAAAUGUCCAACCACAGUCACAUGAGCGCCACCAAGACAAUCAGAGGUCAAAUGCACUGCGAUCGACUAUCCUAUCCGUCCAGAGUUUCCUCAGAGCAUGACGAUCGAGAGGCACGAUACUGGACACGUAAACUCUAUGACUUUGAGGACAACGAUCCAGACAGGUGGGGACACAGUGGCUUCAAGGAGCUCUACCCUGAAGAAUUUGAUAGUGACAGCAGCACCACAAAGGAGGAAGAUCACAAAAGUAAAGCGUCCAAAUCGAAACGCUCCAAAAAGAAGAAAAAAAAGAAAAAGAAGAAAAAAGAGGAAGAAGCGGAGGGAAAGAGAAAGAAGGCAGCCAGCAGCAACGACAGCAACAGGACGACAAGUCAUCAUAAAAGUAAAAAAAAGGAAAGGACAGAUGAGGACCGACAGAGACGCAAAAGGAAAAAUGAUUCGCAUAAACACUCGGAUUCCACAAAGAAGCGCAGGAGAGACUGGAGGGCGGCGGGCAAGGACAGCACCGAUGAAAGUUCCGAAGGGUGAAACGGAAUCCUGAACUUGAUCAUGGGGACAAAGAUCAACUCUUUAGUAUUAUUAUUUUUUUAAACAUGACCAUUUCUUAUGUUUGGUGACAUUCAGUUUUUUUCCCCUAAUGUCGCAAGGAUCUUAUUGACAACAAAUGUAAUACUGUACUGCAUCAAUACAAGUGAGUAUUCAUGCAAUACACUCCCACGCAGUGCUGAUCUAUUUUUUCUUCACAUUUAGAUUAUUCCUGUCCUCAAUGUCCAACAUGAAAUGCUAAACCCAACUACCGGUUGUGGCAGAACAAUUCUCAACACACAACAGUUUCACACUCCUUUUAACUGUGUAGCAUCUUUUUUAACUUCAAAUAACGUUGGAUUAAUUCAACAAAAUGACUUGUGUCACUGAAGUAAAAUACACAACAAAAUUUUUAUUAGGUCAAUUUUUCCAAUUUUAUGUUAAGGGUAUGACAAUGUUUUUUGUGUGCAUUCAGAACGGAUAUGAAAUGUGCAAUUUGUGGUUAAUCAUCACUAAAUGGAAAUCAUGCAAUUAAAUGAUUAAAAUUUUUAAUAGCCUUGA